AUGGGCGUAGGCUUCCAAGAACAUCUUCUCGUGCCUCGACUCCGACGACGAAGACUCGAAGAAGGCUCGACCGGCACCAACCUCCGCAACGAACGCGAGCGCGGUGAACGCCCGGACCGCUCGCACGCCCACCAGGGUGAGCGCGGCGACCGCCCGAAGCGCUCGUUCGACCGCCGCAGCGGCACGGGCCGUGGCAAGGAGGUCUCGAAGUCGGGUGGCGGUGGCCACAACUGGGGCAACGAGGCCGACAAGUCGGAGCAGGCUGCCGAGGCCGAGAUCCAGGAGGGCGUCGUCGCCGACGAGGCCGUCGAGGAGGUCGCCGAGGUCGUUGUCGAGGAAGAGGAGAAGACCUUGACGCUCGACGAAUACCUCGCCCAGAAGAAGCAGGCCCGCUCGUCGACCGAGCUCUUCGGCGAAGUCGAGAUCCGCGCCGUCACGAACGAGUUCUCGGACGCUGCCCUCCUCACCAAGGACGGCAAGACCCCCGACUUCAUCGAGUCGUCGUACGAGAAGGUCUUCACCAAGAAGACGUCGGGCCGCAAGAAGACGCUCCUCACGGACGUUGGCUUCUCCGUCGCCCCUGUCUCGGCCCCCGCGAGGAACGUGAGGGUGGCCGUGGCGGCCGUGGUGGCCGUGGCGCCCCCGCGAGGGUGGCCGUGGCGCCGGCCGUGA